AUUUCUCGCUUCUCGCCCUCUAGGGUCCGCCCACACCCCCGAAUCUGGGGUAUCAUCUCUUCCUCGGGGCUGCAUAAAAGGCGGAUGUUCUUCUUAACCUUCAGCUCUUGCGAUACAGUGACCAAGCAGUGCAGAUCUACAUAAGCAGUCUAACUUAGCAAAGCAAAAUGUCCAUGUUCAAGUCCCUCCAGGGAAUGGGUGGAGUCAUCACCCUUUUCCACAACCCAGCAAGCAAAGCCUCCGAGUCGCUCUUAAAGAUGCUCAAGGACAACGUUGCCAAGUCCCCCGAGUCUGCAAACAACGGCGAGUUCAAGUACACCAUUGACCCAACGACACUACCUCCAACCCCAGAGCAGUUCGAGUUCUUCAAGGAGGCUCUCCACAUGCAUCCUUUCUGCAAGAAAGCCCUUAAGACGGCGUUCCCGGAACUGACCAAGGGCAAAGACCUUCUCAAAGAUUUGCAGAGCAUUGACUCUGAGAAGUUGAGAGGUCUCAAGGAGGUGGACGGGAAGCUCUUCGUUCCACCCUUGGUCGUUGACUGGGACAACAAGCUGUUGGCGGUGACCGACAAAGGCUUGGCCAAGAUCCUCGACCAAUACAACGGUGUCAAGGACUGAGUCCUACCGUUUGCAACCAUACAAUUAACCGUUCUAUGAACUGGAAUUCCAGACCGGCCAAGUUUUUUCUUCCUCUCUCCACAAACGGUACGUUUACCCUGCCGCCUUAUUA